CCGGCUCCGGUUGCUCCUCCCGGCGCUGCGCGGGGGGCGGCGGGGAAGCGUGCGGCUCCCUCAGGCUGCGCCUCCCCUCAGGCCGCGGCGGGAGCCCGGGCCCGCGGCAGGCCGUGCCGGUACCGUGAGGGGAAGAUGGCCUCUCGGAGGAUCACCCGCGACUCGUUCGAGGCCGUGGUGCAGGACAAGGUGAAGCGGUACCGGAGCGGUGCCGCGGGGGAUCCCGGCCAUCGUUUCCCAGCUCCCUCCCGGCUGCCCCGGCCCCGCUACCACGAGAGCUUCCAGCACGACGGGCGCUUCCCUGCGGCCGACUGCCAGCACCAGGACUGGAGCCAGGAGCCCGGGGAGGAUUACCCGGGGGAGAGCUACCCCGAGGAGGAGUAUCCAGGGGACAGCUACCCCGGGGACAGCUACCCCGGGGAGGAUUACCCCGGGCAGAGCUGCCCCGGCCCUUCCUACCGCGCCGCCAGCCCCCUGCCCCGCAAGGAGAACUAUUUCCACGGACGCUUCUCCCGCCCCGCGCCCCGGGAGCAGCGGGAGUUCGGCCAGGAUUACAGGAAAUUUGGCCGUGCGGCCGCCCCCGGCCGGGAGUUUGGGCAGCACCCCGCUCCCCAUGGCCGGGAGUUUGGGCAGCACCCCGCUCCCCGCGGCCGGGAGUUUGGGCAGCACCCCGCUCCCCAUGGCCGGGAGUUUGGGCAGCACCCCGCUCCCCGCGGCCGGGAGUUUGGGCAGCACCCCGCUCCCCAUGGCCGGGAGUUUGGGCAGCACCCCGCUCCCCGCGGCCGGGAGUACGGGCAGCAGGAGCACCGGGGGUACGGCCCCCCCUCGGGUCGCUGGGAGCCCGGCGGGCAGCACGCGGCGGGGUUCGGCUCCCCGCAGCUCCUGGGGGAUUUCAGGUCCCCCGGGCUGAUGGAGGAGGAGGAGGAGUACGGCGGCGUGGAGGACCGGGAGUACGAGGCCGAGGACGGCGAGUUCCGGGCGCGCAGGGGAGGCGCGGGCAGGGCGAGAGGGCUCCGGGGGAAACGCCUCGGCAGGGGCGUGCCGAAGGCCAAGGUGUUCAAAGGAGACCUCAAAAGCCCCCUCAAGAAGUGGAACGUGAAGAAAACCCAGGCAGGCCCGGAUGCCAAAGCUCUGGAGCAGCCUCUGGACGUGGGUGAGCAGAGGCCGGGGCCCCCCAAGCUGCCCCCGCACCCCGUGGCGCCCCAGAGAGCCGUCCCGAGGCUGCCGAAGCCCGCCCACGUCUUCAGGAACCUCAACCCGGACCUGGUGGACAAAUCGGACAUCUUCUCCACCUUCGGCAUGGAGAUCAUCAGGUGGGCCGGGUUCCACGCCGUGCGCGGCGACGCCGAGUUCUCGCGGCUCUUCGGGGCCCUCUUCGAGCUGGAGACCGAGACCUGCGCCAAGAUGCUGGCCUCCUUCAAGUGCUCCCUGCGGCCCGAGCACCGGGACUACUGCUUCUUCACCAUCAAGAGCCUGCAGCACGCCGCCCUGAAAACGCCCAAGGUGGACAACGAGUUCCUCAACAUGCUGCUGGACAAGGGCGCCGUGAAAACCAAGAACUGCUUCUUCGAGAUCAUCAAGCCCUUCGACAAGUACAUCAUGAGGCUGCAGGACCGCCUCCUCAAGGGGGUGACCCCUCUGCUGAUGGCCUGCAACGCCUACGAGCUGAGCCUCAAAACCAACGGAUUCAGCAACCCCCGGGACGUGGCCGGCGCCUUCGAGACCACCGUGUCCCUGUGCAGGAAAUCCCUGGCCCUGCUGGGCCAGACCUUCGCCCUGGCCUCCGGCUUCAGGCAGGAGAAGAUCCUGGAGGCCGUGGGGCUGCAGGAGAUGGCCCCGGCGCCCACGGCCUUCCCCAAUUUUGAUGACUCCACGCUCUUCGGCAGGGAGUACAUCGAGCACCUGAAGGCCUGGCUGGACAAGAGCGGCUACCCCAUCCAGAUGAAAAGGGCAGGGGCGGGAGCCGGGGAGCAGCUCAGAGCAGCCUCCCCCGAGGGCAGAGCCCCCCAGCGAGCUGACAGGAAGGUUCUGGACACCAUUGAGCAGCUGGUGAGCAGCAUCGUGGCAGGAACUUUGUCUGCCAAGGACAGGAAUGCCCAGAAAAACUCUCCUGAAUACUGGUUCCUGUCCGAGGAGGACAGCCUGGAGUACAAGUACUACCGGCUGAGGCUGUCGGAGGUGCAGAGGAGCAGCCUGGCAGGGGAGGCAGCAGCCCCCGAGGCCCUGAGGGCCAUGCUCUAUGCCAGGAGGGUGGCCAGCAUCAAAAGGAGACUUUUCAAGAGGAAAAAACCACCUGGGCUCGUCCCUGCCCGUGCCAGGAAGGUGAGGAGGGCGAGCGCUGGCACCCAGACCCUGCUGUCGGCGGGCACAGGAGGAAAACACCCUGAGCAGCACCUGCCAGCUGGCACACAGCCACGCCAAAGCGCUCCAGGUGCAGAGCUUGGCCUGGCCCAGCCUGGCCCCGGUGCCACCUGUGCCCCACAAGGUGCCAGCAGCAGCUCCCAGGUGCCCGUGGCAGCAGAGGGAACAGCGGAUGCCGAGGGUUUGGCAGCAGAUCCUGAGCCCCUCCCAGCACCGGGAUCACAGUUUGCUGAUGUGGAUGCCAAAACCAUGGAGACUGCGGAGAAGCUGGCCAGGUUUGUGGCUCAGGUAGGGCCGGAGAUUGAGCAGUUCAGCAUCGACAACAGCGCAGACAACCCCGAGCUCUGGUUCCUGCAGGACCAAACCAGCCCCGCAUUCAAGUUCUACCGCAUGAAAGUCCUGGAGCUGUGUCCCUCCAUCACCUUCAGCCCCGAGGCUGCCGAGGCUGCCCGAGCUGCAGGGACGGCCCUGGACACCGAGGAGGACGACGAGGAAGAGGAGGAGGAGGAAGAAGAAGAAGAGGAGGAGGAAGAAGAAGAGGAAGAAGCAGAGUUUGAACCCUCCCAAGCUGAUGAGGAGGAUGAGGAUGAUGAGGAGGCCGUGGCAGCAGGUAGAAGGGUGACAGAGCUAGAGGAAGAAGUGGUGUCCGUGGCAGGAGAGGAGGUGUCAGGAGGUGACGUGCAGCCCCGCGGCCGCUCUGACGGCGCUGUCCCAACUCUGUCGACACAGGCACCCCCCGGCCCGGGCCCCGGCGCGCGCUUCCCCCGCAAACGCGUCAGCUCCAAGUCGCUGAGGGUGGGCCUGAUCCCGGCCCCAAAAAGGAUCUGCCUCGUCCAGGAGCCCAAAGUGCAUGAACCUGUCAGGAUUGCUUAUGACAGACCCCGGGGCUGCCCUGUCACAAAGAAGAAAAAGAAGCCCAGGGCGCUGGAGGCGCCCCAGAAGAGGCUGAGCCCCAGGAACGUGGGGUUCCAGAUGCUGCAGAGGAUGGGCUGGCAGGAGGGGCACGGGCUGGGCACGCGCGGCCGCGGCAUCCGGGAGCCCCUGCACCUGGGUGCAACCUCAGCUGGGGAGGGUUUGGGAGUGGCAGGGGAGGAAAACCAAGAAGAUGCUUUUGACAUUUUCCGCCAGAGGAUGAUCCAGAUGUACAGACAGAAAAGGGCAAACAAAUAGCUCCAGGCUCUCUUCCAUGAAGACCCCCGGGCCCCCUCCCCUCCCUCCCGCGCUGUCUCUGCUGCGUUUGCUCCGAUUUGCCUGGGACCCACCCAAAAUUCACAUUUCACACCCCAAAUUCUGGAUUUUCCAUCCCAAAUUUCACAUUUUCCACCCCAAAUUCUGGAUCUUCCCUGGAAUUCCAGCCCAAGUUCCGGGUUUUCCACCCCAAAUUCUGGAUUUUCCGCCCCAAGUCUCAGAUUUUCCCUGGAAUUCCACCCCAGGCUCCCUCCUUUCCAUGCCAAGGGAGGGAAAACGAGGAUUUUCCCCCAUUUUGGUGUCAGUAACGCUUUGGUAGAAACGUUCAACCCAAUAAAUGUGGGGCUGGACAAUUCCUGCUGCCUGGGACGUUGAAUUUGGAUUUUUGUUGUGGCUUUGGCCCUUUGGAGGAGAUGUGCUUUUUUAUUUCUAUUUAAUUAAUUUGUUUUUGCUGGAAUUCGGAAUUCCUCUGGGUGCAGAGCAGGAUUUUGGGGUCAAAAUCCAUUUUUGGGCUGGGAUUCCUCACCAAAAACUGGAAUUGUUUCCCAAAAAUCAACGUACAAGUUUUUGGUUUUUUCCUCUUGACCUCCCACUCUACUUCCAACUUUUAUUUUACCCAAAUAAAUCCUCAAAAAUCCAAAUAUUCUCUUUUUGGCUUCUCCCUACCCUAAUUAAAACAAAAUUUGAAAUUAAUUUGAAUUUUGAAUCCUGCAUAUCUCAGAGCUGAGCGGCCAAGCACAACCCGAGGUGGAUUUGAGCAAUAAAACACCUGAAAAUCAGAAUAAAACACCUGAAAAUCAGAAUAAAACACCUGGAAAAUCAGAAUAUGCUGAAACCACCUGGGAUUUUUCUGAAAUAAAAUCCAAUGUUGGGGUUUUUGGUGACCAGUUUUGGGGUUUUUGUUCCGUUUGGGGCUGGGGCUGUUGGAGUUCUCUGUGCCAAUAAAAUU